CACUAGGCCGAAUUGUUCAAUGUGGUUGUUUUAAUCAUCUAUUAUUUUUUAAUUGGGAGACGAGUUGUUUGAUUCUAUUUGUAUUUGCUUCUAUUCCGGUUUGCCUUCUUUCCUUCAGGAAGAAAAAAUGUUAGUUGAUGAUGAAAUUUGUUGGUGCUGGUGCCGUUUUAGAUGCUUUAACUUUUUAAAUAUGAGAGUGGAACCGUGUCUGAGUGGCUUUGUCUGAUUUCUAGGAACAAAAUUCGUUGAUAGUGAUAGUGAUGUCCCAUUGUCCCAGUUAUUGAUAAGUCAUUCGGUUUUGACACUGUUGUUGAAGAGGCACAACGAACCAUAAACUCUGCUCAUGUGGAAGCAGAAAGCACUAAGAAUGGUAUCGGUAUUGUCAAGUUAAUGGGUCGUUACAGCGGUUGUAGAAAUCCUCAAAUAUCGGCCUUUGUGGUUUCGCGAUUGUCAAGCUGUUGAUGUUCUCAAUGUGCUACCCACAACAAAUAGUGGAACCAUUGAGCUGCUUUAUAAGGCAUAUUCAACUCAUCUAUUUUAUGUUAUGCCAGGGGUUUCAACGAGGCACUCAAUGGGUUUACUGAUGAGGGAUGGAGCUCAAGUUAUAUUGCCCCUAGCACACACAAUUGAGCAUGAGGAGGCUUUGACAAAAGCUUGGGAAGAGGCAUGCGCAGCAACAAGUGCAAGCAAAAUUGUGAUUCCUGGUGGGUCAUACAAGAUGGAAGCAGUUGAUUUAAAAGGUCCUUGCAUGGCUCCCAUUGAAAUUCAGUUUGAUGGCACACUUCAAGCACCGGCUGACCCGAAUGCACUCGACGGGGCUGAUGAAUGGCUCAAAGUACAACAUGUUAACUUUUUUACCUUAUCAGGUAAAGGUGUUUUUGAUGGUCAAGGUGCAACUGCUUGGAAACAAAAUGAUUGUGGAACUAACAAGAAUUGCAAGAAACGUUCCAAGAAUUUUGGUUUCAAUUUCCUGAACAAUUCUAUGGUUCGGGACAUAACUUCUAAGGAUAGCAAAAACUUUCAUGUAAAUGUUUUAGGGUGCAAUAACUUCACAUUUGAUGGUUUCCACGUCAGUGCUCCAAAUACCAGUAUCAACACUGACGGGAUUCACAUUGGAAGAUCAACUGAUGUGAAAAUUCUUAACACCAACAUUGCCACUGGAGAUGACUGCGUCUCAUUGGGAGAUGGUAGCAAAAAAAUAACUGUCCAGAAUGUGAAUUGUGGACCUGGUCAUGGCAUUAGUGUUGGAAGUCUUGGCAAGUACCCAGAAGAAGAGCCGGUAGAACAACUUUUAGUCAAGAAUUGCACUUUGACAAAUACAGAUAAUGGUGUGAGGAUCAAGACUUGGCCUAGUUCUCCAGGAGCUUCUCCUAUUACUGAUAUGCAUUUUGAAGAUAUUACCAUGGUUGAUGUCAUGAACCCAGUGAUCAUAGACCAAGAGUAUUGUCCUUGGAAUCAGUGCUCAAAACAGGCUCCAUCAAAAAUAAAGAUAAGCAAGGUUACCUUCAAGAAUAUUCAGGGCACUUCAAAAACCAAGGAAGGAGUGACUCUUAUAUGUAGCAAGGGUGUACCAUGUGAGGAUGUGGAACUAAAUAACGUUGCUCUUACAUUCAAUGGAGCUCCAAUAGUUGCUAAAUGUGCUAAUGUCAAGCCCAUAGUUACAGGAAAAGCUCCUGCUUGCACAUGUACAGCUUAAGAGACUUGGGUUGACACAUUCUCCUUGACCAGAUUUUUCUUUUGUAGAUAUGUAAGGUGAGGAUGAGGACUAUUUGAAGUCUAUAGUGAAUAAGCAUUUGUAUAUACUUACGUUGUCAAUGUCUAAGGGCAUUUAUUCAAUACGAAAGCCUUGUGCAAGAGCAUAUAUAA